UUCUUCCCCUCUCUAAAGUCUCUCUUCUGCUUCUUCUGAAAGGUAAGACAGAGAUAGCAAUGGAGAUUCUGAAGGUUUGCUUCAUUCUUAUCUCGACGGCGUCGUUUUUGUGGCUAUCGGAAUCAGUUACUCUCACGUCGGAUUACUACCAGAAAUCAUGCCCGGAAUUCCGCCAGAUUAUCCAACAAACAGUCACCAACAAGCAGAUCACAAGCCCUUCCACCGCCGCUGGAACUCUCCGACUCUUCCUCCACGACUGUCUCCCCAACGGCUGCGACGGCUCUGUCCUCAUCACCUCCACUCCAUUCAACAAAGCUGAGCGUGACGCCGACAUCAACCUCUCUCUCCCUGGCGAUGCCUUUGAUGUUGUCGUUCGGGCUAAGACCGCACUUGAGCUUGCAUGUCCCGACACUGUCUCCUGUGCUGACAUUCUUGCGGUUGCCACUCGUGACCUCGUCACCAUGGUCGGUGGACCUUACUACAACGUUCUCCUCGGUCGCCGAGAUGGCCGUGUCUCGGAAGCUUCGACGAUUCCUAAUGCUCUGCCGCUGGCUACAUCGCCGAUGUCUGAGAUCAUUGAUAUUUUCACAUCUCGCGGGUUUACUGUGCAGGAAAUGGUAGCGUUGUCUGGUGCUCAUACGAUUGGCUUCUCGCAUUGUAAGGAAUUCAGCGCUCAGAUCUAUAAUUAUAGCAAGUCGCCUCCGUAUGACAGUCAGUAUAACCCUAGAUUUGCGCAAGGGUUGCAGAAGGCUUGUUCUGGUUUCGAAAAUAAUCCUACAUUAUCCGUUUUCAAUGACAUUAUGACUCCCAACAAGUUCGAUAACUCUUACUUCCAGAAUCUACCCAAGGGAUUGGGGAUCUUGAAGUCCGAUCAUGGAUUGUAUGACGAUUGGAGGACAAGGCCGUUUGUGGAGGAGUAUGCGGCGGACGAGAACAAAUUCUUCAGUGAUUUUGCUCGGGCGAUGGAGAAGUUAAGUAAUUAUAAAGUAAUAACAGGGAACCAAGGGGAGAUUCGCCAUCGAUGCGAUGCGAUUAAUUGAACUUGGAGGAUUCUGUUAGUCAUAAUCCAAUUUGGGGACAACUGCAUCAGGUUGAAUUCAAGAUCAUUUAGGUUUGGUUCUUUCUGAUUAUGAGCAUAUGAAAAAUCCGUAUACUUCCUUCAUCAAUUGUGAUAUUUGUGCCAAUAUAUACAUGUUUAAUUGUUUGGUUUGGGUUCUGGGUUGUAAUCUUUGUGUUCUUCUAGUGCGAUUUUAUACUUGUGUUGAUGAUGAUCAGCUUCUGUAUGAUGUAGCCUUGUAGAAGAAGAGUGUAAGAGUUCACAGUUUACUUACUUCAAAAAGAAAGUCAUUCUCUUGCUUCUUUGUUUUCCAUCUCUUGUCCUGUGAUUUGAGACAUGAUCAUGGUGCUAGUUCAUAACAUUUGAUUUGAGCUGA